CAGUUGAAGCAGACUGGCCGAUGAUAAAGUGCCACGUAAGCAGAGUGAGAUUCGGAGGAGGAAGUUAUUAGAUUUAGGGAAAGCUUUAUUUUGAGUUUGCGCUCGUAAUAACUCCUCUCUCCGCCUUCGCCUGCUCUGUUCUCAGCUUGUAAACCUCACCUUCAUGAAUUCAAGAAGUACUGUGGCAUUCACUGUUUCCUGCAAAUCGGGAAACAAGAACGGUUUCUUUCUCUCGAUUUUGGUUUGCUUACCUCCGAGUUUCCUUGGAACUCCUUCUGCAAUUGAUAGCUUCCUAUUAUUUAAGCCUGUUGUCAGGUGUCCUUCAACACCACUUUGCUUCUCUCGAGAGAUUCAUCUAUAGUGGUGAAGUUUUUCUUCUUCCUGAUCUACUCUGCACUCCCCUGAUUUUGAUUUUGUGUAAGCAACAUGGUUUCUUCUCAAUUAUCUAGCUUGCUUGGUGAUUGCAAAAGGAAGCCCAUCCAGAAUGAGUUGCUUCUUCCAACGGGUCCACCUGAUGCCCUUCCUGCUGAAUAUGUUGAGUUUGAUUUUAAUGAUGUAUUUGGCCCUGCUCCAGUGCAAGCAUCACUUGAAGCUAAUAAUGAGAUGUCUGCCAAUGAAUUACUAUAUGAUGAUCCAGUUGUGAUCCAUAGUCGUUCACAUUCUUUGGUUGGCCCUUCCAGUUAUGUUAGUCAAUCAUUGAAACUUGGCAAGCUGACCUUGCAUGAGACAGAGGAUUCCUUGGAACUUGUGGAGGGAAUCAAUGAAGUGACACAGAAAGAAAUUGGCAAUACGUCUGCUUGUGAUGUUGUCCUGGAGAAACAGGCUUGCCACAUAGAUAAUCUUCCUUCAGGAAACCAGUGUGUUGGACUUGAAGAUUUUGAAGUCUUGAAGGUUGUUGGCCAAGGUGCUUUUGCAAAAGUGUAUCAGGUGAGGAGGAUUGGUACUUCAGAGAUUUAUGCAAUGAAGGUCAUGCGCAAAGACAAGAUCGUGGAGAAAAAUCAUGCUGAAUACAUGAAAUCUGAGCGGAACAUAUUAACAAAAGUGGAUCACCCCUUCAUUGUCCAGCUCAGAUACUCAUUCCAAACCAAAUAUAGACUAUACCUUGUACUUGAUUUUGUCAAUGGCGGUCACCUUUUCUUUCAGCUCUAUCGCCAAGGCUUGUUCAGAGAGGAUUUGGCUCGGAUAUAUACAGCUGAAAUUGUUUCUGCUGUUUCUCAUCUCCAUACAAAUGGCAUAAUGCACCGGGAUCUCAAACCUGAAAAUAUUCUCUUGGAUGCAGAUGGCCAUGUAAUGUUGACUGAUUUUGGCCUGGCAAAGCAGUUUGAAGAGAAUACGAGGUCAAACUCUAUGUGUGGAACUUUAGAAUAUAUGUCUCCUGAAAUUGUCCUUGGGAAAGGCCAUGAUAAGGUUGCAGACUGGUGGAGUGUUGGAGUUCUGCUGUAUGAAAUGCUUACUGGGAAGCCACCUUUUGUUGGUGGAAACAGACAGAAAAUCCAGCAAAAGAUCAUAAAAGAUAAGAUCAAGUUGCCAGCAUUUUUGUCAAGUGAAGCGCACUCACUUUUAAAAGGCCUCCUGCAGAAAGAAGCAAACAAGCGUCUUGGCAGCGGACCAGGAGGUAGUGAGGAGAUAAAAGGCCACAAGUGGUUCAAAUCUGUCAACUGGAAGAAAUUGGAGGCUCGGGAAAUCAGGCCAAGCUUUCUCCCUGAAGUUGCUGGGAGGCACUGUGUUGCUAACUUCGAGGAGUGCUGGACUAACAUGCCUGUGCAGGAUUCUCCUGUUGCUAGUCCAAAAUUUAAUGAGAAUCCCUUCAAGGGGUUCACUUAUGUGAGGCCUGCCGCAUCAUUUCUUCAAAGGAACAUAUGAUAUUUCCAGGGUUACCUCUAAGCCUUUGCAUAUGGGUUCGAGGAACGUUGGAUAUUUGUUUUUCCCGCCUAAUGCUGAGUUAUGGCAUAAAGAGGAAACCUAUGUUGGUAACAACUUAUUUGAGCAUGGUGAUUGCUGAAGGAUAAGUAUAUUAUCCUGUAAUGUUCACUGAUUUACUUCUACCGUAAUUUGGAUUAAUAUUGUCAACAUCUGAACAAAGCACUCAGUUAAAUUAA